ACAGGAGGGGAAAGGUCCAUCCACUCCACCUCCCGGCCCCUUGACCCCCAUAAUGGCCGCCCUCACGCUGAACCGGACACGCUCACUGGCCAGGCGCGCGCUUCCCUACGGCAGGUCAGAGGUCAGGGUGAAUCUUGACCUUGCCUCGACCCUGCUGGCGGAGGCUGUGGAGGACUUCAAGAGGACGUGGAGUUUUGACCCUACGAACGGGGUACCGCUGGUGGGCAUUGGGCGGGUUUUGUGGGUGCCAGAGUCGAGUUUCCAGCCCAAUCCCGCCCAAAGUUCACAAAAAACGCAAGUUCCAGCCCAGACUCCACGAAAACCGCAAGAACUCCCAGCCCAAUGUGUCCAGAAAACCACAACUCAAGAAUUCCACGCCCAUAAAACGCAAGAACUUCAAGCCCAAAGCCGACAGAAACCGCAAGACAGUCCAGCCCAAUGUAUCCAGAAACAGCAAGAAAGACCAGCCCAAUGUAUCCAGAAACCGCAAGACAGUCCAGCCCAAUGUAUCCAGAAACAGCAAGAAAGUCCAGUCAAACGUGUCCAGAAAACCGCAACUCAAGAAUUCCCAGCCCAACGUGUCCAGAAAACCGCAACUCCAGAACUCCCAGCGCUGAAGAGUACACCCAACCCGCAACUCUUCCUCCUCCUUGCCAGCCGUGGAAGGGAGGAAAAUAAGGAAAACUCAGGCAGGAGGACAGGAUGCUUGAGUGUGGCUGAGGCGGGGGACAGCAACAACAAUAACAGCAACAACAACAGCAGCAACAAGAGGAAGACAAGAGGAGGAAGAGGAAGAGGAGGUGACGGCGCCAGACUUCGCCAAACUUGUAUUACUGACUUCACACGGCCGAGGAAACACAGGCGGCAGGUUCACCCCUUCCCCAAGCCCUCCCAGCCAAUCACAGGCCUCGUAUGACCGUCAGGAGCCAAUCACAAGCCAGCCCGCCUCAACAGCUCGAUUUUCAGCCCAAACUUGUGAAAAACUGCGAUUUCCUUCCUUCCGUGGGUCGUGAAAGAUAGCCCAAAGGAAGGGAGAAAUGAAAGAGGAGGAGAAGAAGAAGGAGAAGAAGAACAAGGAGAAGAAGAAGAAAAAGAAGGAGAAGGAGGAGGAGAAACAGAAGAAGAAGGAGAAGAAGAAAAAGAAAAAGAAAAAGAAGGAGGGAAGGAGGAGGAGGAGAUAAAAGGAAAAGGAAAGUGAAAGAAAGUAGGGAAAUAAUACAAGAAGAAGAAGAAGAAGAAGACAAAGAAGGAAAGAAGAAAGCAGAGGAAAAGAAAAAAUAGAAUGACAGAAAGAAAGCAGAAAAGGAAGGCGAAGAAGAAGAAAAAGAAGAAGAAAAAGAAGAAAAGCAACCUACUCAAGUCAUGUAUUCAACCAAAAAUAAUACUCAGUCAAAAGUUACAUAAAACUAGUCAGUAGUAAUAAUAAUAAUAAUAAUAAUAAUAAUAAUAAUAAUAAUAAUAAUAAUAAUAAUAAUAAUAAUAAUACCAAAGACUGAUGCUAGUUGACUUUAUCAUGACAAAUGACCCAACACGACCAAAUUACCUUCUUAGUAAUAGGAAUAAAAAUAAUAAUUAGGAUAACGCCAAAGAGUAAGCAGGCAUAUUUAAGUUAGUUUAUCAUAAGUUAAUUCCGUUUUCUCUUAAUAUUUCGUUUUCUUAAAAUUUCUCGUUUUCUCUUAAUAUUUAUCGUAAACUAAAACUACUACAACUACUACCACCACCACUACUACUACUACUACUACUACUACUACUACUACUACAACAUCUAGUCGAUGGAAGUGAGUCGAAAUAAAACAUG